AUGGAUAAAAUUUACUCAAUUUUGACAAUCGCUGUGCUAGGAAUUUUGUGCAUUCAUAAAUCUUCAUGUCAAGUGGACUUUAACGCGUUUUCUGGAUCCCAAGGACUAGAUAAUGACUUCAAUCAAGUAAAUACUAAUAAUCAAGAUACAAAUCUGCAACAAUCAUCUACUCCAGUAACUACAACAACGUCUUCAGCAGCUUUCCGAGCAUGUUUCGAUGCAUGUCAAACAAUACAAAAUUACAAUCCAGUGUGCGGUAGCGAUGGUGUAACAUACAAUAAUCAAUUUAGGUUACAAUGUGCACGAAGGUGUGGACAAGCGAUCCAGAUGCAAAGAAUGGGAACGUGCUCUACGCUAUAA